UGCUGGCCCUUUAAGGGAUCAGGUGACCCUCCCCAAGGGUGACAGCCGGACUGGAGCUGUUCCAGGAACACAAGCCGGCCUUCAUCAGAACCAGCAACUGGAGCUUGUAUGGGUCAAACCCAGCAAGGAACUGGGCUUGCUCUGCUACAGGAACACAAGCUGGCAAUCAUCAGAACCAGUGACUGGAGCUUGUAUCGGUCAGAACCAGCAAGGAACUGGGCUUGCUCUGCUACAGGAAUACAAGCUGGCAUUCAUCAGAACCAGUGACUGGAGCUUGUAUGGGUCAAACCCAGCAAGGAACUGGGCUUGCUCUGCUACAGGAACACAAGCUGGCAUUCAUCAGAACCAGUGACUGGAGCUUGUAUCGGUCAAACCCAGCAAGGAACUGGGCUUGCUCUGCUAUAGGAACACAAGCUGGCAAUCAUCAGAACCAGUGACUGGAGCUUGUAUCGGUCAAACCCAGCAAGGAACUGGGCUUGCUCUGCUACAGGAACACAAGCUGGCAUUCAUCAGAACCAGUGACUGGAGCUUGUAUGGGUCAAACCCAGCAAGGAACUGGGCUUGCUCUGCUACAGGAACACAAGCUGGCAUUCAUCAGAACCAGCGACUGGAGCUUGUAUCGGUCAGAACCAGCAAGGAACUGGGCUUGCUCUGCUACAGGAACACAAGCUGGCAAUCAUCAGAACCAGUGACUGGAGCUUGUAUCGGUCAGAACCAGCAAGGAACUGGGCUUGCUCUGCUACAGGAACACAAGCUGGCAAUCAUCAGAACCAGUGACUGGAGCUUGUAUCGGUCAGAACCAGCAAGGAACUGGGCUUGCUCUGCUACAGGAACACAAGCUGGCAUUCAUCAGAACCAGCGACUGGAGCUUGUAUGGGUCAGAACAAGCAAGGAACUGGGCUUGCUCUGCAACAGGAACACAAGCUGGCAUUUAUCAGAACCAGCGACUGGAGCUUGUAUGGGUCAGAACCAGCAAGGAACUGGGCUUGCUCUGCUAUAGGAACACAAUCUGGCAUUCAUCAGAACCAGCGACUGGAGCUUGUAUGGGUCGGAACCAGCAAGGAACUGGGCUUGCUCUGCUAUAGGAACACAAGCUGGCAUUCAUCAGAACCAGCGACUGGAGCUUGUAUGGGUCAGAACCAGCAAGGAACUUGUCUUGCUCUGCUACAGGAACACAAGCUGGCAUUCAUCAGAAACAGCGACUGGAGCUUGUAUGGGUCAGAACCAGCAAGGAACUUGUCUUGCUCUGCUACAGGAACACAAGCUGGCAUUCAUCAGAACCAGUGACUGAAACUUGUCUCUGUCACAACCAGCAAGGAACUGGGCCUUCUCUGUUACAGGAACACAAGCUGUCUUUCAUCAGAACCAGUGACUGGAGCUUGUAUGGGUUAGAAUCAGCAAGGAACUGGGUCUGCUCUAGGAACAGGAUUUACUCUGUGUCCCAACUAGCAAGGACCUGCUCUUUUCUAGAAAAACAAGCUGCCCUUCAUCAGAACCAGCGACUGGAGCUUGUAUGGGUCAGAACCAGCAAGGAAUUGGGCCUGGUCUGCUACAGAAACACAAUUUACGUUGGGUUAUAACCAGUACUGCAUCAUAGCAAAGAACUGAAUCUGCUCUGCUACAUGAAUAGGAUUUACUCUGUGUGAGAACCAGCACUGCAUCACAAUAAGGCAUUCAAACUGCUCUGAUACAGCAACAGGAUUUACUCUGGGUCAGUACCAGCACUGUAUUAUAGGAACAGGAUUUACUCUGGAUAAUCUUGAAUUCUGUUUCUCCAUGCCUACCCUUUGACCUUCUCUCCUUCUUCCGUCCUUAAGUCAUGGACCCCAAAACUCCAUCCCCACUGCACCUUUGGAGCCCACGUCCCUUUGGCAGUUACUCAUCUAACCAUCCUCCAGCUGCACGAGUUGGUACUUGUGAGGCCAACAGAGAGGAAACAAAAUCCACUGCAGAAGCUCUCCCCCAGCCCAUAGAUACUCCUUUAUGUCAGCAUCAGGAUGAUGAUUGUGUCCUUUUGGACACCUGGUAUGUCAUCAAGCCAGGGAACACCAAGGAGAAAGUGGCCUUUUUUGUUGCCUACCAGUGUGCAGGGAGUGGGAGCUCACCACGCAUGGGGGGCACCAAGGUUAAAGGUCGAUGGAGUGGGAGUGGCAGUUCUAGAGCCAAGAGACGACGACAUGCUCUUGACCCUGAUGCACCUUCCACAGUAGCUGAAAUGAUAGCUAUGGCUGAAAGCCGAGGAACACAGGAAGCAUCUCCUAGGCCUCCAGUGGUACUUGUGACAUCUUCAGAGGAAGAAGCAGAGGGAAGGUGUAAAAGUGUAGCCGAGGCAGUAGCUCAGUAUGAAGCAGAACGCACUGAGCGAGAGGUGAGAAUAGCUUUCCGUGUAGCGGAACGGCCAGGAGACCCAAUAACAUGUGACCUCUACCAGCUUCUAAGCCCUGAGCCUCACCAUGUACGGGUCCUUCUGGAAAAGAUGGAGACAUCACAAGCUGAGCAGGAAGAUAAGAUGCAAGACAAUGCUUCUGCAGCUGGGUUCCAUGUGGACUUGGUGUUGACUGGUGCUGUGGACCGUUGUGUCUUCUAUGGCGGUGAAGCAGGAGAAACAGAACCUCUGCCUGGCCAAUUGUUCUUUCCACAACUCUCUAAUGCACCUCCUCUACCCCCACCCCCACCACCUGCCCCACCACUUUGUCGCCUCUACCGCCAUGUUUCCCAUGACUUUCUGGAGAUUCGCUUCCAAGUUCAACGGCUCCUUCAGCCUCGACUCUGCCUACCAGGUUUGCCUGACCACGUCCUCCUGGCUAUUUUCAGCUACCUUCCAACACAGGAGUUGGCUGUCAUAAAGUGUACUUGCCGACGUUUCCGAGCACUUAUUGAAGAUUAUGGAGUCCAACCUUGUGACUCCCGUUGGAGUCGGGACCCUCUAUAUCGAGAUGACCCCUGUAAACAGUGCAAACGCGUGUAUCAAAGAGGUGAUGUGUCUAUUUGCAGGUGGCAUCCCAAACCAUACCACCAUGACUUACCCUAUGGAAGAUCUUACUGGAUGUGUUGCCGUAGACCAGAUAGAGCUGCACCUGGGUGCCAGUUAGGACUACAUGAUAAUAACUGGGUGCUACCAGGAGAGGGAACAAGAGGGAGAGGACACAGGGAGGGUGACGAGGGUAGGUGAAAUGAGAUGAGGGGUGGGUGGGAUAAUAGUGUACAAUGGUUUGAAUAAAAUAUACUAUUUAUGAGUGUCCUAUA